UUAGGCCAUGAGUUGUUACCAGGACAGAAGUUAGAGAGGUCUGCUUAUGUUAUGUGGUUGUCUUAUUUUUCGAAUGGCAAAAGCACAUCAAUUAGGUUUGCCUCUGCAAAGGGAAGUGAUUCAAUGCAUGAGGAAAUAGAAUUAGUGGUUGACAAUAGUUAACAUCUUAAUUAACGUUUAAUCUGUAUUCGGGAUUAACUAUUAACUGCAAACGUUAUCAUCCAUAUCGAUGGGAACGUCUAACCUGUAUCAAUGACCUGGAGUAUUCAACACAUAUGUUAAACAAAGGCUAGAAGCGUUUAUAUACUGUUCUUGUCAAAAACUUCAUUAGACAUGGAAAGAGACGCACAGUUAGUUAAUGAACCGGAAAGAACUUUAUGAAAUUGCUUAAUUUUCUCAGACAGGAGUUAUUGAAAUGUAUUUGAACCAGGCCUCAUCUGCCAUCGCCCUUCGCCCUGUGUACAAGGCUUGGUGUAUAUAAAAAGUAAGCUGUUAUGUCUACAGAAAAGCGGAGGGAUGUGCUUCAGAUUUUGAGUUGAUAAAUUUUGUUCAUAACAGAAGCCUCUCCAGAUUAGGCUCAUGUCAAGUUUAUUUAAUAACUACUGAGCUUUUCCUAUCAGUACUUUACGGAAUUAAAAAUGCUGCUAGAAACUUUCAAUGCCUGCAAGCAGAACCAUGCAAAAUGGUAUAUAUUCCACCAGUACUUGGAAACAACAGGUAUAUAUUCUUGGCACGUUUGCUCAGUGUUGUACUCCUUUAACAUCCAAUCGUAUAUGAAAUCCAACAGCUAGCGCCUUCCUUUGGCAUGUUUGCUCCGUGUCAUACUCUGUCGCUUAUAUGAGUUAGUCACCGUCAAUUAAUUAGUUAAUUGCAGUGCUUUACACAACAAAUUAGAAAGACUUGAUUGCGGAGAUGCACACUAUAAAAAUGACAGAAGCCUCCCCUUCCGGUAACUUGCUACAUAUGAUCCAAUCAAUAUAAACCUUGUUUGAUUAGUAGGAAUUCCUGGCCUCUGAUCAUAAGAAAGCAUGAACAAAAAUUCAAUGAGUGCAUUAUGUUUGGAGAUGUACAACAGAGGGAAGCCUUAUCUGGGAGUAAUAUUUUUGCAGUUUGGAUAUGCUGGAAUGCCAAUAGUUACAAAGGCUGCUAUAAAUCAAGGAAUGAACAUUUACACUUAUACAGUCUACCGCAAUGCCAUUGCUGCUCUCAUUUUCACUCCUUUUGCUGUCUUCUUGGAAAGGAAGGCAAGGCCAGGAAUGACUGCCUCGAUCUUCUGGAACAUAGUACUGCUGGGAUUACUUGAGCCAGUAUUAGACCAGAACUUAUAUUACACAGGGAUGAAGUAUACAAGUGCAACUUUCACAUCAGCAAUGUGCAACAUUCUUCCUGCCAUAACUUUUGUUAUGGCUUGGAUCCUGAGGCUCGAAAAAGUGAAUAUUAAGAGUUUUCACAGUCAAGUGAAGGUACUAGGGACACUAGUGACAGUAGGGGGAGCUAUGAUAAUGACAAUGGUUACAGGACCAAGCAUUGGAUUGCCGUGGAGUAAGCAUGAUCAAGCUGCAGCAAAAGCCGAUGGAGCUGCCACAUAUCCACAACAAGACUCAGUUAAAGGCGCCCUAAUGAUCACCGCAGGUUGUCUUUGCUGGGCGUGUUUUGUGAUUCUCCAAGAAAGACAGAGACUUGUACCUAAUAAGAUGUAGAAGCCCAGUUCAGUAAUUGUGAUAAAGCCUAAAUAUCGAUUAUCACUUAUAUACCAUUGCUAAUCACUGAAAGUAGCAUGAUCGUUUGCUACAUGUUUAUAUGACAGGCGGUGACAUUGAAGUCGUACCCCGCCGAACUGUCCUUAACAGCCUUGAUAUGUAUGAUGGGUACAAUACAAGGGAUCAUACUGACCAUUGUAGUUGAAAAGGAAAAUUUAGCAAUCUGGGCCAUUCACUGGGAUACCAAAUUCAAGGCUGCACUCUAUGGUGGGAUAGUCUGUGCAGGGCUUGGUUACUAUAUUUCAGGAUUGGUAAUGAGACAGAGAGGUCCUGUUUUUGUUACAUCGUUCGACCCUCUAAGCAUGGUUAUUGUCGCGAUUCUAGGACCCUUUAUGCUCUUCGAACAAUUGUUCUACGGAAGGGCUUUUGGAGCAAUUACCAUAGUCAUUGGCCUAUAUUUGGUUCUCUGGGGCAAGAGUAAGGAUCAACCUUCAUCAAAGUCUGACGACGAAUUGCAAGCUAUUAAUCAAGAAAAGCCUAAUACAAACGUUGAUGCGAAAAUUCCAGUACG